AUGAACACAGAAGCAGAACAACAGCUUCUCCAUCAUGCCAGAAAUGGUAACGCUGAAGAAGUGAGACAACUGUUAGAAAGUAUGGAGAGGAACGAAGGGAUUGCUGACAUUAAUUGCAAAGGAAGAAGUAAGUCUAAUUUGGGCUGGACACCUCUUCAUCUGGCAUGCUAUUUUGGACAUAGACAAGUGGUCCAGGAUCUGUUGCAGGCUGGUGCAGAAGUGAAUGUGUUAAAUGACAUGGGAGACACGCCACUUCAUCGAGCUGCCUUUACAGGACGAAAGGAGUUGGUAAUGCUUCUUUUAGAAUGCAAUGCCGAUACUACUGUUGUUAAUGGGAGUGGACAGACAGCAAAAGAAGUCACUCAUGACAAAGAAAUCAGAAACAUGCUUGAAGCUGUCGAAAGGACUCAACAAAGAAAGCUUGAAGAAUUACUUUUAGCAGCCACAAGAGAAGGAAAAACAACAGAACUCACAGCUCUGCUCAACAGGCCCAAUCCUCCUGAUGUUAACUGUUCGGAUCAGUUAGGAAAUACACCCUUGCAUUGUGCAGCUUACCGGGCCCAUAAACAGUGUGCCUUAAAGCUUCUAAAAAGUGGAGCAGACCCUAAUCUGAAGAACAAAAAUGAUCAGAAACCUCUUGACCUUGCCCAGAGUGCUGAAAUGAAACACAUUCUUCUUGGUAAUAAGGUCAUCUAUAAAGCAUUGAAACGAUACGAAGGCCCUCUCUGGAAGAGUUCAAGAUUUUUUGGCUGGAGAUUAUUCUGGGUAGUGUUAGAGCAUGGAGUCCUUUCAUGGUAUAGGAAGCAGCCUGAUGCAGUUCAUAAUAUUUAUCGCCAGGGAUGCAAACACCUGACUCAAGCAGUGUGCACGGUAAAAUCCACUGAUAGCUGCCUCUUCUUUAUUAAAUGCUUUGAUGAUACUCUUCUUGGCUUCAGGGUUCCUAAGAAUAGCCUUCAACAGUCAAGAGAGAAUUGGCUGGAAGCAAUAGAAGAACAUUCUGCUUACAGCACUCACUACUGUUCCCAGGACCAGUUGACCGAUGAUGAAGAGGAAGAUGCGGUUUCUGCUGUAGACUUGAAGAAAUCCUUAGAGUGGUUUUCAGUAUAUUCGGAAUUACGCUUCUGUGACCAUCAGUGGGCUUUUAAAACAAUAUCUUCACCAAGAGCCAUCAAAAAAAUGCUUCCAUCAUUUCUUCAGAAAGUCGAAGUAGUGUCUGAAGCUUCUAGAGAAACUUGUACAGCUUUGAGUGAUUGUCUUAAUCUCUUCACUAAACAAGAAGGGGUGAGGAAUUUUAAAUUGGAACAGGAACAAGAGAAAAACAAAAUUUUGUCAGAAGCACUGGAGACUCUAGCCACUGAACAUCAUGAAUUAGAGCAGUCUCUGGUUAAAGGAUCCCCACCUCUCAGCAUCCUUAGUGAGGACGAGUUCUAUGAUGCACUGUCAGAUUCCGAGUCCGAGCAGUCCCUGAGUAGAUUGGAGGCAGUGACCGCACACUCCUUUGAAGAGGAAGGAGAACAUUUGAGCAGUAGAAGACACAGAAUGUCCGAAGGAAAAGAUUGUGGUGGUGGAGAUGCUCUCUCCAAUGGCAUCAAAAAACACAGAACAAGCUUGCCCUCUCCUAUGUUUUCCAGAAAUGACUUCAGUAUCUGGAGCAUCCUCAGAAAAUGUAUUGGAAUGGAGCUAUCCAAGAUCACCAUGCCAGUCAUAUUUAAUGAGCCUUUGAGCUUCCUUCAGCGACUGACUGAAUACAUGGAGCACACAUACCUCAUCCACAAGGCCAGUUCCCUUUCUGAUCCUGUGGAAAGGAUGCAGUGUAUAGCUGCAUUUGCUGUAUCUGCUGUUGCGUCUCAGUGGGAACGUACUGGAAAACCUUUCAACCCACUUCUGGGAGAGACUUACGAAUUAGUUCGAGAUGACCUUGGAUUCAGACUCAUCUCUGAACAGGUCAGCCAUCACCCCCCAAUCAGCGCAUUUCAUGCAGAAGGAUUAAACAAUGAUUUCAUCUUUCAUGGCUCAAUAUAUCCCAAACUGAAGUUCUGGGGAAAGAGUGUGGAAGCAGAACCCAAAGGAACCAUCACUUUGGAGCUCCUUGAACACAGUGAAGCAUAUACAUGGACAAACCCCACCUGCUGUGUGCAUAACAUCAUUGUGGGUAAACUCUGGAUUGAGCAGUACGGCAACGUGGAAAUCAUAAACCACAAGACUGGGGACAAGUGUGUGUUGAAUUUUAAGCCAUGUGGCCUUUUUGGUAAGGAAUUACACAAAGUUGAAGGCUACAUCCAAGAUAAAAGCAAAAAGAAGCUCUGUGCGCUUUAUGGGAAGUGGACUGAAUGUUUAUACAGUGUUGAUCCUGCCACUUUUGAUGCUUACAAAAAAAAUGAUAAGAAAAAUACCGAAGAGAAGAAAAACAGCAAACAGAUGAGCACUGCUGAGGAGUCCGAUGAGAUGCCAAUGCCAGAUUCUGAAAGUGUGUUCAUCAUCCCCGGAAGCGUUCUCCUGUGGCGAAUAGCCCCACGGCCUCCAAAUUCUGCCCAGAUGUAUAAUUUUACUAGUUUUGCAAUGGUUUUGAAUGAAGUAGACAAGGAAAUGGAGAGUGUGAUUCCUAAGACGGACUGCAGGUUGCGGCCUGACAUCAGAGCCAUGGAAAAUGGAGAGAUAGAUCAAGCUAGUGAAGAAAAGAAACGACUUGAGGAAAAACAAAGAGCAGCCCGCAAAAAUAGGUCCAAGUCGGAAGAGGACUGGAAGACGAGGUGGUUCCAUCAAGGUCCUAAUCCCUACAAUGGAGCACAGGACUGGAUUUACUCCGGCAGCUACUGGGACAGAAACUACUUCAAUUUGCCUGACAUUUAUUAAAAUGAAGAAAAGUCAGGGUGUUUAAUCUACAAAUAAGUCUUAAAUCUAUGUUUUUAAAUUUUUUCUCUUGGUUUCUACUCAUCUUUUAAAAAUGAAAAACCUACUCAUGAGAUAAUUUGCAUUUCACCCAACAAAAGUAGGGCCUAGGUGAUAUUGGUAGCGAAAGUCUUAGGAAAAAUGCAUAAUUUUGCUAUAAAAUGUACUUAUUUGGAAUACUAUUUUAUAUAGAGGUAAGAAGAACUGCUGGGGGAGUAUGCUUUUUAUGGUUGCCAUUGCCAUAUUUACUGAAGGUUUAUACCUAAAUGUAACUUUAGCUUUAUGGAAUUAUAUAGUAAUACCAAAUCAAGUUAUUUUGAAAUUUUUAUGCUGUCAUGCUUAAAUGUUCUAGAUAUAACUUUGAAAUUGUUUGGAAUUCUCCUAUACAAUGUUUAUGUGCUCAAAUGUAGAGGUUAUGUCAUUUUGUAAAGACUCCAUUGAUAAGAAGGGUUUUAUUCAUAUUAAUCCUCUCAAUUUUACCCCUUCCAAGCUCCAAAAAGAAAAUAUGCCUGAAUAUUCAGAGUAGGUAUUCCCCAUUUGAAAAUUCUAAAGAAUUAAACUGGAAAAGUAUUUAUUUAUUUUAGUGCUCUGAAUUUCCCUUUAUAAUUUGCUGUAAUCAGUGUCAUUAAGUUUAAAUUGUACAUUUUAACUGAAAAUAUGUAUAAAAUCUAGUAAUUCACAAAAUGCCCUAGAAAUAUAGAUUUUAAUCACCAUUACAUGACAAACCUUUUUAAAUGCUUCAACUUCCAGUGGCAAAUGCCACCAAAGAAAUUAAGUUGCACUCGUGUAUGUAUUAUAAGUAUCAAAUUAUAUAAAAGGAGGUCUUGUGCAUUUCAAGUUUGCAAGGCACCUGUGUACUUAAAAUAUGUAUGGAGACCUACUGUACAGUAGAGCUUUGCCCCUUUAAUUGGGGUACAUUAAUCUUACAGUAUUUAUCUACCAAACUCCAGACUGAGAUACUGCUUCAAGGGGCCUUAGGUAGCUGCCAGUAAAUUAUUUUAAUUGCUCUCUUGAAGUUAACAAGUGUUAUAAUGAAAUAAUAAUCUACCUGAUGCUAAAUAAAGGCUUUAGAAUGUUCCAAAAA